ACUGAUGCAUCACAUCCGAGACUGCCUCCCUGAGCUGAAGACACGGAUCAACGUCCUGGCAGCCCAGUACCAGUCCCUGCUCAGCAGCUACGGCGAACCCGUGGAAGACCAAAGUGCCACCUUGCUCCAGCUCAUCACAAAGUUCGCCACAGAGUACUGCAACACCAUAGAGGGCACGGCCAAAUACAUCGAGACGGCAGAACUGUGCGGUGGAGCCAGAAUUUGUUACAUAUUCCACGAGACUUUUGGCAGAACGUUGGAGUCUGUGGAUCCUCUGGGAGGACUCAGCACCAUAGACAUCCUCACAGCCAUAAGGAACGCCACAGGCCCGCGUCCGUCCCUGUUUGUGCCUGAGGUUUCCUUCGAGCUGUUGGUGAAGAAGCAGGUGAAACGCCUGGAGGAGCCUAGUUUGCGUUGCGUGGAGCUGGUCCACGAGGAGAUGCAGAGGAUCAUCCAGCACUGCAGCAACUACAGCACACAGGAGCUGCAGAGAUUCCCGAAGCUCCAUGAGGCCAUUGUGGAAGUCGUCACCUCCCUCCUGAGGAAGAGGCUGCCCAUCACCAAUGAGAUGGUCACAUCACAUUAAUCUCUUUUUGUGCUGGUGCUUUUGUCAGCUGCGGUCAUUAUCAGUUAGGUUACGGUGUUAAAGGAGGCUGAAUCUGAACCAGGGGUGUACCAGACGAAGCAUUUACAUAAUCAAAGCUUUGCCUUUAUCAUAAUAUGAAUAUAAUCAUUAUAGGA